UUUUCAUCAACGUUGCACCGCCAGCAUGCGUCUAGAAGGCAAAGUCGCUAUCGUAACAGGCGCUAGCUCCGGCUUUGGGGAAGCCAUCGCGAAACAUUUCGCUGAAGAGGGCGCUAACGUGCUGCUAUGCGACAUCAACGCUGAGGGAGGCGAGAAACUCGCCACAACAUCGGAUGCCUUCGCGUUCCAAAAGAUGGACGUGUCCAAGGCAGCUGAAUGGGAUGCCGCCAUAGACGCGGCGAUAAAAGCUUGGGGGAAAAUAGACAUUCUAGUUAACAAUGCGGGAACUUCAUACAAGAACAAGCCCACGAACGAGGUGACUGAGGAAGAGUUCGACAAGGUUUUUGCUGUCAACGUCAAAAGCGUCUUCCUGGGGAGCAAUGCCUUCACCAAACGCGUCAUAAAGCAGGGCACCGGUGGUGUCAUAGUCAACAUCGCCUCGGUUGGCGUUCAUCGACCGCGCCCAGGACUGGUGUGGUACAACGCAUCCAAAGGGGCCGUCGCAAACGCCACAAUGGGCCUCGCAGCCGAGUAUGGACCGCACAAGAUCCGGGUCAACUCGGUCUGUCCGCUGGCGACGGCGACGGGAUUGUUGCAGACCUUCAUCGGCAAAGAAAUAACCCCGGAGAUGCGGGCACAGAUCACGGCAAGCGUCCCACUGGGCAGGUUGGGCGAGGUGCGCGAUGUCAGCAACGCGACCGUGUGGUUGGCCAGCGACGAGGCCUCGUUUGUCACGGGCGUGAACCUGGACGUGGACGGCGGGCGGGCGAUCUGAUGAAACGCCGAGCAUGCGCGCGAAUCCGCAAUAGGGGAGGGCUGGUGCCGAGAGGCUGGACGCGGGUACGGAUUCGUAGAUAUUGUACAAAGCAAUUCCGAGGUGAUGAGAAGGUUUGGUGUUGGGACGUGGGGAUCGACGGGCGCAAGCGGGCGGCACAGCUCCCCGUUCCGCGUCCGAUGGAAGCGAGAGUCAGAGCGGACCCCGCACAAUCAACUCGGCAACUGCGCCGCCGUCUUUUGAUUACCAUCGACACUUUCUUCGCCGCCACGCCGCAUCGCUGCAGGUGACAACAAUGCCACU